CCAGGAUUGAGGAGCAAAUAAAUCAGAUAGAGCCAAUCUGGAGGUAGAUGAAAACAAUAUUUUUCAUUUUGAUGUGAUAAUAUAUAUGUUGGAUGUGUCCGGCGUUAUUGUUUUAUUUGCAGAUUGCAGGCUAUGCCUUUAUCCUUCAUUGUUUUACCAAUGAAAAUCAUAAACAACCGAUUUCAAAAACAGACAGAUAAAAGCAUGUUAUAUUUCUAAUCUUGUACGUAGGUGUCCCCAAAAACCUCUAUAGAAUACUAUUAGAAAGCCAGAAAAAACAAAGAAAUUGGAGGUUUAAAUCAUGACUGAGGCGAGCAUCAAACCCACUUCUCCGACACAGAUACAGAGAUAAGUUCGUGUUAAAACCUUACAUGGUUACGUACUUCUAACAGUGGCAGGCUUUCUAUCUUCCUGUCUGAGAAAAUGGUUAUGGAGGUCGAAACAGUUUCCAGAGAAUUUAUCAAACCCACUUCUCCGACACCCCAUCAUCUUAGAACUCACAGCCUUUCCUUCUUGGAUCAGUACGCUCCUUCAAUUUAUGUUCCCAUGGUCUUCUUCUACAUGAACCAAGAAACGAGCAUUCCCCUUACUGAUAUUAUUGCCUCCAACCACAAGAGGUCACAACGGCUAAAGCAAUCUCUAUCAGAAACCUUAACUCUCUUUUAUCCAUUCGCUGGAAGGAUCAAAGACAGCCUUUCCAUUGAUUGUAACGAUAAGGGAGCUUACUAUGUAGAGGCUAGAGUUAACCGUCCUCUUAAUGACCUUCUGAACCUCCCUGAUCCAUCUUUUAUCCCAGAACUCCUUCCUGCUGAGGCUGGUUGGACUGAAACAGGAGGAGGUUGUGUAGCCAUGAUACAAGUUACCACCUUUGCAUGCGGUAGCAUUGUUAUUGGCACAUUUCUUUCGCAUAUGAUCGUCGAUGGACCUGCAGCUUCAACGUUUCUCAGAAGUUGGGCUGCAGUGACUAGCAAAUCUGGUGAAGAAGCUGUAUGUCCAAAAUUUGAUGCCUCUUUGGUAUACCCAAAGAGUGAGACAUAUCCCAAGGAGGCAACCAAUUUAGCUCUGUUUAGCCCAUUUUUCAAAAAAGGAAUUUGUUCGUCGAGGAGAAUCAUUUUUGAUGCCUCAGCAAUAGCUUCACUGAAGACCAAAACAGCAAGUGCAAGUGUACCAGAUCCAACACGAGUCGAGACCGUGUCAGCCCUCCUCAGCAAGUGUAUCAUGGCUACUUUCAAAGCAAAAUCCGAUGUCCAGAAGCCAACUCUUAUAAACCACGCAGUGAAUCUUCGUCAAAGGGCAGUGCCGCCAGUCCCAAAACAUACAAUGGGAAAUUUCUUAUGCAUGGCGGCUGCAUUAUUGACAGGUAAAGAAACGGAGUUGGGUGACUUGGUUUGCCAUCUAAGGAAAGCGAUACGAAAAGCUGAUGGUGAUUUUGUUAAGAGCCUACAAGGAGAGGGAGGACUGCUUAAAUAUUGCAAGUACAUAGAGGAAAUGGGUAAGGCAUCGUCUGGUGCAGCUGGUCAGGUUGAUUUUAUUGGGUUUAGUAGUUGGUGCAACUUCGGUCUUUAUGAGAUAGAUUUUGGCUGGGGAAAGCCUACGUGGGUUACAAGCAGUGCCUCCAACAAAUCGGAAACUAUGUUCCCGAAUAUGAUUAUUCUCAUGGAUACAAAAAUGGGAGAUGGAGUUGAAGCGUGGGUGUUCUUGGAUGAGCACGACAUGAUUAUGCUAGAGCAGAACGAAGAGCUCCUUGCAUUUGUCUUCCUGGAACAGAGUCCAGUGAAAAGUGGGUUAUGCUGUUUGAAAUGAUUUAUAAACGAACCAGCCAAUAAGGAAUUCCCUAGCGGAAUAUGAUCUUACAUAAA